AUGAAGGACAAAUCAUUAGACCCAUUCAGAAUCAAGGCGUCGAAUCAGAUGAUAAUGGUUAACCGACACCAAGAUGCUGAUCAAAUUGUCGACCAACAUCGACAAGAAGACCUGGCAGUGGAAAAUAAUUUGACAACUAUUGUCGAAAGGAAUAUGGCUAGAAAUGGCAUGGGUGCUACAUUGCAAAGGCCAUUAUAUGCCUCCCCGUUAGCUGAAUUUAUUCUCCAAGCCGAGGCGCCUAGGGGGAUGAAAGUGCCUAAGUACACUAAAUUUGGGGGAGAAUCUGGUGAAUCGACAAUAGAGCACGUCGCCAGAUACCUAACAGAGUCAGGGGAUCUAGCUCAUAAUGAAUGUUUGAGAGUAAAAAACUUCCCCUCCUCUCUAACCAAGGCUGCCUUCACAUGGUUUACUUCGUUGGCCCCAAGUUCAAUCGACUCGUGGGCCAAACUAGAUAAGAAGUUCCAUGAACAGUGUUACGAGGGACACUCCAAACUUAGUUUGGAAGAAUUGUCCAGUAUCAAAACAAGGUUUGCUGAGAGCAUCGACGAUUAUCUUAAUCGUUUUAGGUCCUUAAAGGCUAGGUGUUUUACGCAAGUGCCAGAACAUGAACUAGUUCAAAUGGCCGCAGGAGAAAAGGUAGCGUUCGUCGAAUACGACGCAACAGACCCAAUAUGUGAGGCCGAUUACGCCUCAGAGACCGAAUUAGAUAUCGACGUGGCUGAACUAAAGCCAGGGUCCGCCUAUGAGUGUCGAUCAUUGCUGCCUGCACAAGGAAGAAAUCCUGUCGAACACAACCCAAAAUUCCCUUCGAAAACUUAUACUUUCGAUGUGUCGAAGUGUGAGGAAAUUUUUGACUUAUUGGUCAAAGAUGGGCAAAUGGUGGUACCUCCUGGUACUAAAAUUCCACCGUUAGAACAGAGACAGAAAAGAGGGUUUUGUAAAUAUCAUAACUAUCUUGGUCAUAACACCUCUAAUUGUCACCUUUUCAGGGAUUUGGUUCAGAAAGCAAUUCAAGAGGACAAGCUGAAAUUUGUUGGCCGCAAAAUGAAGAUCGACGCUGAUCCUCUGCACCAGGAGGAAGCCUGUUCGUAG